AAGUCUUUUUUAUUUUGGAGUGAACCGUCCCUUUAAAUUUAUUAUCAAUUACUUCUUCAUGUUACUGUAGUUCAUGCAUGAACAAACACCAGAGAUCUCAUUGUGCUUUAAUAUAUGUAUGUUGCAUGUAAAGCAAGCUCACGCACCUGCUACUUUCCAUUUGCAUGAAAGCAAAAAAGAAAAAGUGCCCUAUUCGUGUUCAUGUCUGUGAUUGGCUGCUUCCGGCAGUUUUGGACUGAAACCUGAUAAGCUUCUGUACCUGCAUGACAUUCACGCCCAGUUUAUACACAAACACUCUUUGUUUCGUCCUCUCUCUGUCCUGUCCAGCUUUCUGUAGUCAUUUCCCUCUGCUUUAACCACACACACACACAUUAAAAAUGGCAGGGACAAACAUCUCUAUCGAUAAAGAGCAAUUCUGCUGCUCGGUGUGUUUGGAGGUGCUCUGGGAGCCGGUCACUAUUCCCUGCGGACACAGUUACUGUAUGGAGUGUAUUAAAGGUUACUGGAGGAAAUGCGAGGUGAAAGAGGAGUACAGUUGCCCUCAAUGCAGACGCACGUUCAGCCCGAGACCUGCCCUGUCCAGAAACACCAUGCUGGCUGACAUUGUGGAGAAACUGAGAAAAAGCGGUGUUCAGGAUGUCAGUGCGAAGGCCUCGGAUGUGGAGUGUGACGUGUGCACCGGGAAGAAACACCGAGCGGUGAAGUUUUGUGUGAAAUGUCAGACGCUGUACUGCGAGAUUCACCUGAAGCCUCAUAAUGAAAGAAAUCGAGGGAGAGCGCAUCAGCUUAUAGAAGUCACGAAACAGCCGCAGAAAAGAGUCUGCGCGCGUCAUAAUAAAUUGCGGGAGGUUUACUGUCGGACGGACCAACAAUGCAUUUGUGGUUUGUGUUUAAAAGAUGGACACAAGGGGCACAGCGUGGUGUCGGUGAUUGAAGAGAGGACAGAAAAACAGAAACAUCUAGAGGAGGCCUGGAGGAAGUCCAAACAGAGGUGUAGAGAACGAGAAAAGGAGCUGAGGGACAUUGUAAAAUAUAUCAAGCGUUCAGCUCAAGCGGUUGAGGAGGACAGUGAGAAGAUCUUCACCAGACUUCAGCGCACCACUGAAAGAAAGCAUUCAGAGGUCAAAGAGCUGAUCAGAGGAGAGGAGAGGACUGCACUCGGACAGACUGAGAAACUUCUGGAGCGACUCAAUCAACAGAUAGUUGAGCAGCGAAGAGGAGAAGCUGAACUAGAGGCGCUCGCAAACACUGAGGAUCAUAUCCAUUUCCUACAGAACUAUAAGAUGCUCUGCGCGCCUCCUGACGCCGGCGGUCGACCCAGCAUUGAUGUCCAUCCGUAUUUCUCCUUGCUGAUUUUGAGAAAGGCCCUCACAGAGCUGACGGAUAAAGUGGCUGAGAUCUGCGACAGAGAAGCAGCCAAGAUCUCAGAAAUCGUUGAUGAAGAGCGCGAUCAGUCAGCUGAAAACUCCCUGAGCGCUGAAACAGCCCGCAGAGACUCCCAACAGACUGAGCCGAAGAGCAGAGGAGACUUCUUACAACACUGCUGUGAUUUGACAUUCGACCCAAACACCGCGGACUCUCUCCUCAGACUUUCUGAAGACCAGACUGAAGUGAUGAGCGCCGCCGAGCCUCAACUGAACGCAGAUCAGCAGGAAAUCUUCAGCGGAGGAUCUCAUGUCCUGUGCAGUGAGUCUCUGUCAGGACGCCGGUACUGGGAGGUGGAGUGGAGCGGUGCUGUUUCCAUUGCUCUCUCCUACAAAUCCAUUCACACCACUAGAGCCAAUCCAGAUCAGAAACAGGGAUGCAACUCCACAUCCUGGAGUCUGGAUGUUUCAGAUUCUCGCUGUGUGUUCAGACACAGCAAAUUAAGUGUAGAAAUACACACUCCGGUGGCACACAGAGUCGGUGUGUUUCUCGAUCACAGAGCAGGAUCUCUGGUGUUUUAUAGUGUUUCUCUGGUUGAUGGCACGAUGGUUUUACUGCAUCGAGAGCAGACCGUCUUCACUCAGCCUCUUUAUCCUGGGUUCUGGGUUGGACUGGGAUCCGCUUUAAAACUCUGUCAAACUUUUAGCUUUUCUGCUUAGUGAUGUACUGAGCUCUAACUAACAUCCUUUGAAAUGAGCAUUAUUUUAUUAUUUUUAUUCAAUGUUUGACCAAAGUCCUUUUAGGGCAGGUUAUUUCACUCUGCAGCCAUCUUUGAAACACCACUCAGGAAUUCUAUCUGAAUGGGGAAACAUCAAAUUCUCCAAAAUUGCUUGCCAAGCUUAUGGUUAAAUUUCAAAUUAGGAGUCACCAAUAAAAUUAAACAACAACCGUGUCUUUAGUUUCAUUUCUAAAUGUUCGAAUCACACCAAAUCUGCAGAAACUCACGUCUGGACCAAGCCCCUCUCCUGGAGAAUCAUCAAUCUAUAGCAGGCGUCACCAACCCUGUUCCUGGAGAUCGACCUUCCAGCAGAUUUCCGUUGCAACCCAUAUCAAACACACCUGCCUGUA